UAAUUCCAUCUGCGCUAAAUAUUUAUACAGAGGGGGAACGACAUCACUUAUCCACAACACAUUCAUUCACAUAAGGGAGAGCUGCUUCUAGAGUUGAGUCAGAGUGAUCUGCUCUGUUUGCCAGAAGAACAUCACUCCUUCUUGCUCACACAAGCUUUCAGAAAAAGGUUUUAUACUAACUAGAGUGAACAAUGAGCUUUUUCAUUUCUGUUUUUGCUGUGAUUCUCACUUUGCAUCAGAUUGGGAGGAAUCCUGCCAGUGCUGGGAUGUGCUGGCUGCAGCAGAGUCAAGACCAAAGGUGCGACAUGGUGCUGAUGAGAGGGGUGACCAGAGAGGAGUGCUGUGCCGGGGACCGCCUAGACACAGCGUGGUCCAACACCAGCCUACCCAUGAAUGAGGUCAGCCUGCUGGGCUUCCUGGGAAUUGUCUCCUGUAAACCAUGCAAAGAGACUUGCGAGGGAGUCAAAUGCAGUCCCGGGAAGGUUUGCAAAAUGAAGACGGGAAGGCCUCAGUGUGUGUGCUCUCCAGACUGCACUAACAUUUCCCGAAAGCAUGCUGUGUGCGGCAGCGACGGGAAGUCAUAUAAUGAUGAGUGUACUCUACUGAUGGCCCGCUGCAUGGGACACCCGGACCUGGAGGUCAUGUACCAAGGAGACUGCAAAAAGUCGUGCUCCAACGUGGUGUGUCCAGGUACCCACACCUGUGUGACAGACCAGACCAACAGUGCUCACUGUGUCAUGUGCCGCGCAACUCCUUGCCCAAUACCCACGCCAUCUGAGCAGCCGAUCUGUGGAAAUGACAACAUCACUUACCCCAGCGCCUGCCACCUCCGCCGGGCCACCUGCUUCCUCGGCCGCUCCAUAGGAGUCCGCCACUACGGCAACUGCAGCAAUCCCCCUCGGAAACCUCAAGAUUUCGAAGGCAGCGAGGAAAACGCAGUCUAGAUGGACAGUUCCUGACACAGUCCUUUUGCAGGAGAUGAGCUGGUCAACAAAAAUUUUCACACCACUAGCUUCCCAUGAUGACCUCUUUUUUUUUGACAAUCACUCCCCCUCCCCUUUGUACACAGAAUGACGAUACAUUUGAUAUGUAAGACCACUGCUGGAAGACAUACAUUAGUGUAACUGCCUCAAAAAGAGCUACAAAAACCUGUGAGCAAGUUGCGUUAAUCUUGUGUUAUUUGGGAAACAGAGGCAGAUGAACGCAUGUGUCUCAAAAUAGAAAUAGCUCUUUGGGAGAUGUGUGCAUAUUGUAAAUAGAAUACCACUACUAUUUAUUGGAGAAGGUAUCAAACUCUAUUUAUGUUUUUAUCCUAGUAACAAAUCCAUAUAUCCUUGGGAAAGCUGAUGUAAGAAAUGUAUUUAUUGUGUUUUGUUUGUUGUGUAAUAGCGGUCACUGGCAUUGGCAUUUUACAAGUUUUUACAGUUUUUACAGUCUCCAUUCCCCACAAACAAACUGUUUUCACUCAUAAGUUGAUGGAUAGCAACUGUAAUUUGUUUAGAAAGUUGAUACCACUUUAUAGCCUGCCAACGUGGUUUCGAUUCACCACAAACAAGAACAGGACAACUACAGUUGUACUGUAUGUACUUUAGCUUUUGUCUGGAGGUGAGGGAGGGGUUCAGCCUAAACAAACCUGUGCAGUCUCUCUCCCUCUCUCCCCCCACACAUGUUUACUCUGGAUCCUGAUCCAAACUCUCGGCCACCCGCUGAUCACUAAACAGUUUGGUUGUGUUUGCAGGAGUCUCAGAGGACUAUUGGUACAACCCCAAACCCUCCACAAUACCUCCUCUGUUGAGUGCUUGGCUUUGUUUUCUAAAUGCAUUUUUGUAGGUCAUGCUAGUUCAUUCCAUUGCUGUUUUGCUGCUUUGAUUUGAUUGGAAUUUUUUAAAGAACUUACUGGACAGACAAAUGUAAUUAGCAUCGUCUGAUUGAAAGGAAAAUGAAAUUUGUCUGAGAAUGGGCCGCAAUUUAGGCCAAUCGAACAUACCUGAUUACACUGCCAUCAGAGAUGAGUCAAUCUGUUCAUUGUUGACAUUGGUAAACCUGGUAGAUGUCGAUACAACUGGCCAAUUUCAAAUGGUCGAGUGAUCCAAUUAAAUUUUUAAACUCAAAAGCAGAUGUCUGCAAUACUUUAAAUAAUCUUUUCAGUGUAUUAUGGAACAUUCCAAUGACUCUCCUGUAAAUAACAGUCUCAUGUGUACCUACCUGUGUACCUACUGUGAAAUUUGAAUGAUAAAUGUAUCAACAUAUUUUUGUAUUUUUGUACUGCCAUUUCAAAACAACAUAAAGUUUAAUAUUUGUCACAA